UGUGUGGCUGCAUGUUAACGCGAACAGCAGUGAAGGUUUAGCUUUUAAAGGAAAUUAUGUUUCAAGGUGAGGUACCUAGCCGCCUCUCUGCUGAUAAGCCGAGUGAACUCUCUCUGAAAGUGACGGUCUCAAGACAUAAUGAAAUCCGCUUGCCGAACAAUGACAUCACUGUCGACAUUCCGGAAGAAGCGGAGGCGCAUGGGCAUACGUCAGACAGAAAGUCCGAAGUCGACGAGAAUGAAAAUGAAAACAACGAAAUAGUGUUAAAACGGAAACUUGUGGGUUUAAUGAAACUUUCCAGAAAUGAAUACGAUAACAUUCAUGUACAUAACGAGGAGGAUAGUGCGGCGUCACCCCCGACGUCUCCCUUCACCCCCACCUCUAUAUACACUGUCGGCGGAAGCCAGAGUCGUCCUAUAUUGGAAAUCCGGGCGAAGGAUAUUUCCACUCGUCAGUGUAAGUUUGAAAUGGGUGAGGAAUGGGAACAGUUUCAGAGUAUCCGGACAACGAAGUCGAUUAGCUGCCCGCCCAGUCCGCUCAUGGGCGCAAAGAAAGACGCCGAAAAUGUUGAAGCCGACAGACGGAACUCCGGUUACGCCGCCAGUGAACCAGGACCGGAUAUUGAGCUGGACCUUACUAACCCGUCAGAAAAACAGACCGAGCCCUACCCUUUUCACUUCCUGUUUUCGUCAACAUCCGGUUCACCGAUCAAAAAGUGCGCCAUCGUACCGAACCCGCAUAACAAAAUAAAUCAGAGAUUUCAUAGCACGCUGCAGUGCCCGUGCUUUCUAUUUUUCUUUUUCCUGUGUUGUUUGCCGGCCGUGCAUUUCAUGCAACGUUCAGACAUUCAGUUUAAGAAGGGAAACGUCACUCGCGCUAUGAAUUAUGGGAAGUUGUCAACUGCGUUCUACGUCAUCGGUUCUGUUGUUGGUCUGGCGUUCCUUUCUGUAGCCAUAUAUUUUGCAGCGGAUUACGUAAAACAGUAUGUCUGACGUUUAUGACGUACAUAUGUACGUGGGCGACGAGAAACAAUGCAGCCGGUGAUUCGCCUAUUUUCACAAAACAAUAUCCAAACAUAUAUUAACUGUUCACCCUUAUAAUGAUAAUAAAUAUAUAAGCAUUGUA